CGGCAUUUCAUGGUUAUGUUAUGUAAUGUUGGUUUGAGAGAGUGGAGGAGACAACCCACCCAGUGGUUGUUGAAGAGAGAGAGAGAGAGGGUUUUUCUCUUGCAUUCGCAGUAUUCUAUUAAUAAUAUAAUUUGUAUUUAGUUUUAAAAGAAGGGUGGCAGUGAGCGAGUGGAGCAGCAGAACAGAAGAAGAUAGAAGAGAAGAUGGGAUCUGUAUCCUGAGAGAGAGUGUGUUAGUGUUUGUGUGAACAUGAAUCGUGGUCUCAUCGCUGUUUCUCCGGUGGAUUCUUGAGUUGAGUUGGAGUAUUACUUUGAUUCCUGCUUGAGUAUAGUGCUAUUGUUUCAUAUCGGUUGCCUCCUGCAGCUGCUUUAAAGAAGUGUGAUGGGUUCGAGAUUCCCAUCUCAUCAGCUCAGCAAUGGCCUGUAUGUAUCAGGUCGGCCUGAACAGCCAAAAGAAAGAACUCCGAUCACGACCUCAGUUGCCAUGCCUUACACUGGUGGAGACAUCAAGAAAUCAGGCGAAUUAGGCAAAAUGUUUGAUAUCCCAAUGGAUGGUUCUAAAUCUAGAAAAUCCGGUCAGUUAAAUAAUGCUCCUUCACGGACUGGAUCAUUUGUGGGUGCUGCUUCACAUUCUGGACCUAUAAUGCCAAAUACUGCAGCUCGUUCUAUUUAUACCACAUCAGGUAACCUAUCUUCAGGAGGCGUGUCGGCUUCUGUCUCCAUGAAAAAGACCACCUCUGGUCCACUGAACAAACAUGGGGAGCCUGUGAAGAAGUCAUCUGGACCUCAAUCUGGCGGAGUUACGCGCCAAAACUCUGGUCCGAUUCCACCUGUUCUUCCUACAACUGGUCUAAUUACAUCUGGUCCUCUAAAUUCAUCUGGGGCUCCUAGGAAGGUAUCUGGUCCGUUAGAGUUUACAGGAUCAAUGAAAUCACAUAGCUCUGUAACUCACAAUCCAGCCACGACCACUCUUAGCCUAGAUGAUGAAUAUUCCUUCAGCAGGAACUUCCCAAAGCCAAUAUUGUGGUCUGUAAUUCUUAUUUUCAUUAUGGGAUUCAUUGCUGGUGCUUUUAUUCUUGGAGCUGUCCACAAUCCCAUUCUCCUAGUUGUUGUAAUUGUUCUUUUUUGUGCUGUUGUUGCAUUAUUCACCUGGAAUACUUGCUGUGGGAGGACAGCGAUUGUUAGUUUCAUUUCUCAUUAUCCUGACACUGAGCUUAGAACUGCCAAGAAUGGGCAGUUUGUGAAGGUUUCUGGGGUGGUUACCUGUGGUAAUGUUCCACUAGAGUCAUCCUUUCAAAAAGUUCCUAGAUGUGUCUAUACUUCUACUAGCUUGUUUGAAUACCGAAGGUGGGAUUCAAAAGCAGCCAAUCCAAAGCAUCGCUGUUUUACAUGGGGACUCAGAGCAGCUGAGAGGCAUGUGGUGGACUUCUACAUUUCUGAUUUCCAAUCUGGACUGAGAGCAUUGGUUAAAACAGGCUAUGGUGCAAGAGUGACUCCUUAUGUUGACGAUUCUAUUGUAAUUGAUGUCAGCCCUGACAAUAAAGACAUGUCCCCAGAGUUCCUUCGGUGGUUGAGAGACAGAAGUAUUUCAAGUGAUGAUCGGAUGAUGCAAUUAAAAGAAGGGUACAUCAAAGAAGGUAGCACAGUUAGCGUAAUGGGAGUUGUUCAAAGAAAUGAGAAUGUACUUAUGAUUGUCCCUCCUCCUGAACCUUUGACGACCGGGUGCCAAUGGGCUAAAUGUAUAUUUCCAGUUAGCCUUGAGGGUAUUAUUUUGAGAUGUGAAGACACAUCAAAGAUUGAUGUCAUUCCGGUGUAGUUGCGCUCUCCAUCGUAUUCUUCUUUCAACAAGUAUUUUCUUACCACAGCUUAAAACUAUGUAUUCUUGUAAGUGUUAUUGGUAAGCGUGAUGGGUCUGCAACGCACAUCAAUCAUUCUCUUUUUCCUACUCUCAACUCCUACUUUGUUGUAUAGCUAAUCAAAAUUCGUAUUCGUUUAUUAUUCCUAAGGAGUUUAUUCUUUUUAAUGGGUGUGGUUUUACCAGGUGAGUUUGUCGGUAGGGUCAGUUUCUUUUAGAUUUCGAAGAUAUCAUGCAUGGUAUAUAUUUUAGCUGUUUACUGGUUUUGGAAGAGGAUUAUUAAAGGUUGUAUCUUCCUGCACCUGUCAAAUUUCGCCGUAGGGUGCAAGAAAAAAAAUUGAUGGGUGCAGGAAGAAAGUCUGAUUAAAUUACUUCUGCAUCUUCUGUCCACCGUUCUCAGAUCCAUGCCUGACAAGGAGCCGAAUGACAUUACAAAGAGCAAAUGAUAUACAUGGUUUAAUAUUUCUCAAUUGAUUUUUUUUUCA